AUGCAUGAUUUAUUACGGGAUCUAGCAUUAAUUAUCACAUCGCCAAGAGGAAAUAAUGACAAUAAGUUUUUGGUAAAAGCUGGUUUGAGAGAUGGAUCCUAUGGAAAUGAGGAGGAAUGGAAGCAAAUGAAACGCGUUUCAUUCAUAAAUAACGAAUUGGGCACUUUACCCGAAUCUCCGGAUUACAUCGAAUCACUACCAUCAUCUAUUAGUCGUUUGGUGAAUCUUCGAGGGCUAUAUCCGAAGUAUUGUUAUGCUCUCGAAGAGCUUCCAUCCGAAGUGGGAUCUCUAAAGAAGCUCGAAGAACUUCAAAUGAUUGCGAUUGAGGUUGGUGGAUAUUCCUGCUGGGGUGAUAGAAAGUCUCAUCUCAUUGGAGCAACUCGAAAAUUGUUGGUCUUGGAAAGAACAAAGUCUCUUGAACUUCCUAUUUUUUGUCAUGCUGAUUCGUUUCCCGUAGUAUAUCCGCAGCCGGAGUUGAGCCAUGGAGCUUUGAUAUUGUACGAUUGCCAGGAUUCUCCUACUACCCCGAUCCCUCCUACAAUAAUGAGAGUGCUUAGCCGUUCCCAAGAGUUUAUGGUGUCAUCUCGUGGUAUCAAAACACUGUCUGAAUUUGGCAUGCAAAACCUUAAAGGCCUCAGAAAGUGUAUGGUGUGGAGCUGUGAUGACAUUGAGAUUCUUGCAAAUGGGGAUGAGUCAGAAGGAGGCGAGAUUUUUGCUGAUUUGGAGAAUUUGACGUUGAGGUGUUUGCCGAAACUGAGAGCAAUACUGGAAGGGACAUGA